AUGGGGUCCUGGGGCGCAGGGCGCCUGGCUGGUCGCAGUCCCCUUGUCCCCGGCGACUCUGCGGGUGUCCGACUGGGACUCGGCUGUCUUUCCCGGGAUCUGUCAGCGCUCGCCCUUACUCGGUUUCUGCCGCAUCUCUCCGUGCUUCUCUGCGUCUCUGACUCUGUCUCUGCGCCCCGCCCCCGCCCCGCAGACGUGUCCCGGGCGGUGGAGCUCCUCGAGCGGCUCCAGCGCAGCGGGGAGCUGCCCCCGCAGAAGCUGCAGGCCCUCCAGCGAGUCCUGCAGAGCCGCUUCUGCUCUGCCAUCCGGGAGGUGUAUGAGCAGCUCUAUGACACGUUGGACAUCACGGGCAGUGCUGAGAUCCGGGCCCACGCCACAGCCAAGGCCACAGUGGCUGCCUUCACAGCCAGUGAGGGCCACGCACAUCCCAGGGUAGUGGAGCUGCCCAAGACAGAUGAGGGCCUGGGCUUCAACAUCAUGGGGGGCAAGGAGCAGAACUCCCCCAUCUACAUCUCCCGUGUCAUCCCUGGAGGUGUGGCUGACCGCCAUGGAGGCCUCAAGCGUGGGGACCAGCUGCUCUCAGUGAAUGGUGUGAGCGUUGAGGGUGAGCAGCACGAGAAGGCAGUGGAGCUGCUGAAGGCAGCCCAGGGCUCGGUGAAGCUGGUGGUGCGUUACACACCUCGUGUGCUGGAGGAGAUGGAGGCCCGCUUCGAGAAGAUGCGCUCUGCCCGCCGGCGCCAGCAGCACCAGAGCUACUCGUCCUUGGAGUCUCGAGGCUGAAACUACAGUAUCUGGACCCUCACCCCGCCCCCUCCCCUGUACAGUAUUUAUUGUCACCGGCUCCUUAUUUAAAGAUCUUUGACCCUCA